AUGGCCCUUUACGGUGCGCCCGUUUGGUCACACCGACUAACGUGCGCCCGCCGCUGCAAGACUAAGAUCCUGAAUCUGCAGCAGAGAGUGGCCAUCCACAUGGUGCGGGGAUAUCGCACAAUAUCGUGGCGCACAACACAAGGCGGCGACCCAUCUGGCGUGCUUUCCGCCGUUGGACAUCUUGGCGGAGAGGGACACGAGGGUCUACGACCGGACUCGCGCCCUUCGUCAAAGUGGCGGAAGAGCAGCGAAGGGCUCUCUCGACGUCUGCGUGGAGAUCGGUACGCGCAUAAACGCGUCGUGAGUGCGAUCCUGCCGGCCUUCGAGGCCUGGAUGCGUAGGAAGCGACGAGUCACCUUCCGACUUACACAAGUACUGACUGGUCACGGUUGCUCUGGAGAGUACUUGUGUAAGAUCGGACGCGAGGCGACGGCGGUCCAAGAAAUCGGGCGAAAUCUCUCCCUGCGGGCAGUUGUGUCGGCGAUGCUACGCAGGGAAUCGGCGUGGGAGGUCGUAGUCUCCUUCUGUGAGACCGUCAUGGUCCAGAAGGAGAUUGCGGAGCGGGCUCGGGAGAGGGCUGAUCCCGCCUGGCGGAGACGACCCACGGGUCGUCCUCCCGGCCUCCAAGCCCCAUUGCCCGGGGCGGAAUAA